AUGAAAGACCCUCCAAUCUCAAUCGACCAGCAACCUCCAGCUGACCAACCCUCGAUCCAGAAACCAUCGUCCCUAUUUAGAUUCACAUCAAGAAACAAUAGUUCCAAUAGCAUCAUCACAUUGAAAAGCAUUUCACUGCUCCGGCAGUCCAACGAAGACUUGUCUACCCCAACAUUCCCUCAACAUCCUGCCCCAUCUUCUAAUCAAGACAACCUAUCAGGCAAUGUCGAUGGACUCGCCAUCUCCAAACCAUCGUCAAAUCUCAGCGACAAUGACCUCUCGGAAACUGGCGAGGAUCUACAGAAGCCAGUGGAUCAUGGCCUUGGCCAAUCCAAUACCGUUGAUCUUGGCCAUAUGAAUAAAAAGGAGAAUUCAAGCACGAAAUCGCUCUGUUCGACGGCAAGUAAAGAUUCAAUGCAUGAUUUUUAUAAGAACCAAUACACCGCGAUUUUGGAAUCAGAUAUCCUGGAUGUCUUCAAGAAAUCAUUCACUGCCUUUCCUCAAAGCACCAUACCUUCAACACAAUACAAUAAUAGUGAUGACAUCGGUACAAAUAAAAACCCCACAAAUAUCGACAAUUUGAUGGAACGUGAAGGUAGAAAUUUGAAAAAACUUCAGAUCAACACUUUUUUCCCGACAUUACAAGACUCGUCGUGUGAGCGUCCUGCGAAGUCGUGUGCAGCUUCUCAAAAUCCCAGCAUUCAACUGUAUUAUAAUAGCCCUGAUAAAUCUUCUCACGUUAGGACGACAAAUCAUCCCCAACAGCAACAUCCAGAUUUGCUCAGUCCCAAUUCUGAUUUCUCCAGCUCCUCAUCAUGCGGGACUCCCAUCACUUCAAUGGUCGACGAUAAUCCUGCAUUCAACUAUUUUGGAAAUGAAAAACACAAUACUUUCAGUCUAGGACUAGGGUGUUUGCAAGAAUCACAGCCGAGCAUUGAUUCUCACUUGUUUAAUACUAUUGGGAGAUCAACUCAACGGUUCAAUUUACCUUUGUCGAACUCAAGUAACUCCAUAACCUCCGACCAUGCUACCAAUAUGCACCCUUCACAUUUAAGCAUCCCACUUCCUUCAUCCUGCUCCUCCUCUUCUUGUUCCUCAUUAUCGUGUACCUCUUCGGAUAUGUCGUCAUCCCAUAUACCAACUCAUCUUAAUGCUUCAAAUAACAAUGCUGGUUCUUUGUUAUUCAGGGGAGAACAUCACAAAAAAAUCUCACCAUCUUCAAUCCUUUCAGAACAAUUGUCAAUUCCAAAAUUUUCAGCUCCACAAGCUGAUUUGGUUCCUUCUGUCGCCAAGUUUUCUAAUAAUGACUUGACUACCACCAAUCCCAUUUUCUUUGAUUCUAUAAAUCUUCCAUGCGAACCCAGUCAUCACAAUAUUUUCUCAUCGGAAAUGGGGACCUCAUCAUUUGCGUUCCCAGUGCUUCCUAGUAAAGUUGGCGAGGCUGAUCCGCAGUUCGAUGGUAGCGAAUAUGAUGAAUUUAUUGAUUUGGAUGAAUUGAUCAAGCGAGAAAAAAAGAAAAAGAAGAAGGGUAAAAAGAAGAAAGGUAAAAAGAAAUUGGAGCCAACUACUGGAGGAACCCACGGGGUUGUUGGAAUUGGACUAAUUCAAGCGACUUGA